GAGCGCCUGAGCGUGUGGGCGGAAGCGCGUCCCACGUGCAUCCUGCGGGAGCGCGGUGCGGGAGCGACAUGGACCCGCUGCGGGCACAGCAGCUGGCGGCAGAGCUGGAGGUGGACAUGAUGGCCGACAUGUACAACCGGAUGACGCAGGCGUGUCACCUCAAGUGCGUGCCCCCACACUACAAGGAGGCGGAGCUGUCGAAAGGCGAGAGCGUGUGCCUGGACCGCUGCGUGGCCAAGUACCUGGAUGUGCACGAGCGGAUGGGCAAGAAGCUGACGGAGCUGUCGCUGCAGGACGAGGAGCUCCUGAAGCGCAUGCAGCAGGGCACGGGCACCGCCUGAGCCCUCCCUUCGGACUCCCCUUCCCAUCGUACCAAUAAACUGGAGGCUCUGGGCCAGCUGUGUGCUUCCCUCGGCCCCCCAAACCCG